CCUGAAAACUGCCCGAAUUGAUGACAAAGCUAGCAUUUGCAUAGUCUGUUUUGGGUGUGGGAGUGUGCCUGUGAAAAUGGUGACCUGCGUGUGUGUGCAACGGUUCUGACGCGUCAACAAAUAGACAGCUCUAAGUGCUAAUUGGAAUUGGUCGACGCUGCUUGUUGUUGUUCGGGCGGAAAUGGAAUGGAAAUGCAAAAAGUUCAGGUGUGCGCGUGAGACACCUUUAUGUCUGUGCUAAAAAACUAGUGGCACAAUUUGCGUAGGCAACCCGUUAUGCUGACCCGUUUGCCUUGCUCCAAUUUGCUCGAAAAAAAGCGAAAACUCAUCUAGCCAGAAAACACAAUAACGGAAACAACAACAGGUUAAUGCUUCUCUCACAGGUAGAACAAGUUAACAGUUUCUUAAACAGCUGUUUUCAGGAGUAAGAGAGAGAAUUCGCUCUCUCCCUGAUCGUCAGUGGCUGUAAAAAUGUAUUGCAGUCUUGUGCAUUUCAAACUGAAUUAAAACUUGCAUUUCAUUUGAUAUAAAGUUCCUUUGUACUUUGCCCAAAUAAAUAAAGCACCCAAAUUCAGGUUUAUGUGCGGCACGCCGGUCUUCUGCCUGUGUUUGUGUACUUUUUGCAUAUUUAUGAGCAAACUGGUUCUUCUUUUUGGCAACGGAACAUCUUUCACUCUUUCCAAGAACAACAUUCCCUCCGCCGAUCGCCGAUGGUUACAAAAUUGACGCAACAAACCGCGAUCGCGGUCGCUGGCCUCUCCACUCGACAAGUUUGCCAAAACCCCCCAAAAAAACAGGUGAAAAGACGAAAUCAGUCUCCGAAGUGUGUAGUACUCUAGAAAUGAAUGAUUGUAUGAAUUUACAAUAUAUACUACUUGGUAUUAUCUGGUAUGGUAAAAAAAAGUAUUAUUAUAGUCUUAAAACUACAUAAAGUCAAUAACUACUUGUAUAUAAUUGAAAUUCUCCUAAUAAAGACUGUUUUAUAAGUUUGGAAUAUUGGAAUACAUCUUCCAAACCCUAAAUAUUUAUCCAAAAAUUGCACAACUGCAAAAUUUUGAAACUAAGACAAAACUAUGAAAUUUUAUUUUGACACAAAUCUUUUCAUUAAAGCACCAGUCUAAAGGCCUAUAUAAUUUCUCAACAUUAGCCAAUCUGUAGAUCAACCUUCGUAAUAUAAGCCUACAAGUUAUGUAGGUUAAGAAUAUGUGACUGCUGAUUUUACCUUUAAACUUGCGAAACUUCUUUAAUUGGCUAUACCCCAUGAUAGAGUACAAACUACAACCGAACCCGCUGUCAUCCAUUUUGGAAACCAGAUACAGAUACGGGGACAAAGACAGAUACAGAGCCAACUACAGAUGCUCGCUGGCUGCUGGGAAGAGUGGCUUCAGUUGCGUGCCUCCAUUCCCCCAGAGCAAACCGUUCCCGCCGGAAGAAAGUAAGACAAGCAAGAAAUGCGCAGUGGGUUAUCGCUUUGUCCACUGCUGGUGGUGCUUCUAGUGGGCCACCAAGUGGCUCCAGUGGCGCCGGCCAACCUACUGACCAGCUACCUGCCCGCCUCCAUGCAGGCCUUGGCAUACUACAUAGACCUGCUCCAGUAUGAGCCACUCUCCAGCACGACAGUGGAACCGCCCUUCAGUGCGGAUGACGCAGUGGACUCCACAACGGAUAGUGCGCGGCCAUCCACACCAGUGCCCACGAGGACAAGGACCUCCACCACGAGGAGGCCUGGUGGAACAGGAGCAUUGGGUUCAGUCUGGUGGCAAGCGCCAAGCUGGUGGGAAACGAGUUCGCAGCCGCCUCUCAGUACGGAAUCCACAACAACUAGUGCGCGACCAUCCACACCAGUGCCCACGAGGAUGAGCACCACCACCACGAGAAGGCCCAUUGGAACAGGAGCUAUGGGUUCAGGCUGGCAACCGCCAAGCUGGUGGCUGCCUCCACAGAGAACUUCCAGCACCGAGAGGCCCUCAUCGCCACCCACUUUGUCGCACCGCCCUGGAAUUUUUGCACCAGCUUCAAUUCCGAAGAGGGAGCUUGAAGGCUACACUCUCUUCGAAGAAAUCGGAGACGAUGCGGACUUUGACAAGCUGCCUUUGUCUUUGAUCCGUGAUAUACAAAGCGAACGUCACGACUUUACCAAUGAUGUGGAAUCGCUGGAUAACUUCUUGCGCCUGUACGACGAUAACUAUGGAAGGGCCGCCUUUGAUGUUGAGUCCGCCAUGGAUCGGUGGAGCACCUCCUCGAUAGCUGGCAAAAAGAGGGUUCCGCCCACCAAGCCCUACGUGGAUUUCCUUUUGGUAUACGAUCUCCUGAAGCGCGAUGCCAAGGCGGCCAAUCUCAGCAAGUACGAGGGAUACUCCGAGGAUCUGUUGGAGCAGCUGCAUGAGUUGUCCCAGGCCUCUUCGGCCAGGCAACUGCACACCCUCUUCCAAAGGAUGCUGGAUCGGGGCGAUGUCCAGCGCAGUGACGUGGUUUCCCGCGUCCAGGGUAUCGUCAAAGAUCUGGGGAAUCCCAAAAGCGCCACAUCCAAGGCUUUGGCUUUCAUCCCCAGCAUGCAGUUUCUACCUUAAGCUCUUAGAUAAGUCGCAAUAAA